AGAGGGAGAUGAGAGCAGGAGGAGCAACAACAGUGGAUGAUAUGCCUCGGAUUAUCAACUGGUGUCAGAUGCUCUAGAGGCAGUUAAAGAGGAGGAGUGGACAGGAGCGUGCAGGCCGAGAGAGAGAGAGAGAGAGAGAGAGAGAGAGAGAGAGAGAGAGAGAGAGAACGAGGAAGCCUCUGUGCAUGCAAGCAGCUCUGCAAAGAUGACUGACGCCAAAAGCGUAGCAACCAUGGAGGUGCCAGAGGGGAAGUUAAUGAAAAAGGGUUCUAUCAAGAAGAAGAUCGAAUCGUUGAGGCGAUGGAGUUCAGCAAGCAUGAAGAGGCAUCCAAAGCAAAAGGCCAAGACCUUGAGUCUGUCUUCCCCCGUGGAGAACCCCGAGGACCUCUGGCUGAAGGAGGGGGACAGGAGAAAGCUGCGACCCAUCGUGGACUCGGUCUUUGGACAGGGAGAGUCGCCUGUAGAACGAGGUAGCACCCCAAUGGCUGCCACCACCCUGGGGGGCCUGGAAGGUGCAGGUGAAGCAGACACGGAUGAAGAGGAGGAAGGAGGGAGCGAGCAAGAGUUUGAGGAGCCUCUGUGUGCUCUGGUUAAGAACUGCAACAUGCUGCACAACUUAGUGGGGCCUGCUUGUAUCUUCCUCAGACAGAGCUUCGCUCAGAGCCAGCUUGACAGAGAUCUUCGACCAGAGGAGAUGGAAGAGCUCCGUGAGGCAUUCAGGGAGUUCGACAAAGACAAGGAUGGCUUCAUCAGCUGUAAAGACUUGGGCGAGUGCAUGAGGACUAUGGGAUACAUGCCCACAGAGAUGGAACUGAUUGAACUCAGUCAGCAGAUCUGUGGCGGCAGAGUGGACUUUGAGGACUUUGUGGAACUGAUGGGUCCUAAGAUGCUUGCUGAAACUGCAGAUAUGAUUGGAGUCAAGGAGCUAAGGGAUGCAUUCAAGGAGUUUGACUCUGAUGGUGACGGUCAGAUCAGUCUCGGAGAGCUGAGGGAAGCCAUGAAGAAGCUAAUGGGGGAGCAGCUCAACCACAGAGAGAUUGACGAGAUCCUGCGAGACGUGGAUCUCAACGGGGAUGGACAGGUGGACUUUGAAGAGUUUGUGCGAAUGAUGUCUCGCUGACUCCUCACCAAAUGUCUCACUACUGCACUAAAUACGACAAGGACCAGACUGCACACUGUUAAUAUAUGUGUCAUUCUUCUUGAUGUACAAACAUGUAUUGAUGUCUGUGUUACGUUUUCAGUUACUUCCAUUAUUUCUCAAAAAUAAAAAUAUCCCUUAAAUGUG